UGUUUGCGUAUGCGCUUCAGAACUGUCUGCGAACGCACUUGAAUCCGCCAUAGAGAUCAUCGAACGCUUAGUUGCUGCUUACGUGUUGGUGAGAUCACUACGUCGGGAUUUGACGGAAGCUAUGGGUGAUGACCAGCAGUUCUCGGUUCCCGUUCACCACCCGAACUCGCUGGGCUCGCCCUCGUUAGAUGGUUCACAGCCCAUUCAAAACCAACAACCUGCUCAAAAUAAUGUGUUUGACUACAGCUUGUCUUGUCCUCCGGAACUGCACCGUCUACGUGAUGCUCGUGAACUGGUCUUGAGUUCAUCCAUGGGUAACACAAUGAAGAUCAAGGAUGUCACUUCGCAAGUCGUUUACACCGCCAAGAGAACAUCCGACUGCAACUGCGGCGCCUGCUGUGAUCCUACAGCAAGCAGCACCAAGUUCACUGUGCGGGAUCCGAACAAGGAGCCAGUAAUCAUUGGCGAACGUUUCCAAGACUCAAGCGGCUGUUGUUCAGUCGAUCAGCACAUUGAAGUCACGUAUCCAUCGGGGGUGUUUGUAGGCCAAGUGAAGCGACUCGCUGAGCGCAGCUACGAGCUGACCAACACCAGUGGCGACGUGAUACUGACAAUAGAGGGAGAAUCUGGUUGUUGCACCAGACCACCUUUUCAGGUUUUCUCUGGCGAAGGGAGGCAGGUGGCAUCCAUAGAAAUAACACGAAGGGUCAAGAACAAACUGGUGUUUAUGGAGAAUUUGGAUAUCCGGUCUAAGGUGUUGCUGUUGAUUGUGGCUGUCAGCAUACAAAGCGACGAGGACCAGUCAAGGAAGAACAGAGCAGCAAGCAGCGGCGGCGCACAUUAACCCUUUGAACACGGGGGUAUGCAGUGUUCACUGUGAUUUUUGUCGCACACAGAUGGCUACAAAAGUGCUAGACCACCAAGAAGUCAGUUAGACGAUACUGUUAUUAUAUCACGGUUAUUAACAUUACUGUUAUUUUAUUGUUAUUAAAAUGCUAAUCGCUAUAGAAAAUCUGAAAAUCAAGGAAACUAGUAAAUAGGUGCGAUGGUAGUAGUAGCAACUGCCUUCGUGACUGACGUACAAACAGGAGCAAAAGACCGACUACACUCACAGCCCAGCAAAAGAUUUUAUGUGUCGUCCGUAGAUGUAGCAGUAUGCGCCCUAUCUAGAGUCAAACAGACGCGGAGGAAGGUGAAGGUGAGCGUGAGAGACAACAAGUCGGCUAGGGGGAGAUGGCUUGUGAAAGUUGUUAAGAUUUUACUGUUAUGACGAUAAUACUGUUUAGCAUUAGCAUUAUUUUUGCAUAUAGGUUAAACGAGUAUUUGAUAAUUCGUUGUUGUUGUUUUUCUGCUUCUAAAUAGAUAAUGGCAUUAAUUGCAAACUGAAAGAAUAGAGAUAUGGAUGUAGCAAAGUCGUCGUGCCAUCAAGUGUCCUGAGAACCAAACUUUUGCCUCACAGUCCAGACUUUGUUUUCUUUUUUUAUUGCGAAGAUGUGAUAGAAAAUCAUUAAGGCAUUAAUCCCCAGUUUCACAGAAUGGAUGCGUUGCCAUAGGCGCAGAGAAAUACGAUUUAUCUCGAAAAGUGAGGAGGAGGAUCUCACACUUCAAGGUAGUGUAAAAUAAUCAUACAGAGAUCUGACGAUGAAAUAAAGCGUUUACAAAUUCUCAAAGGGUCAAAGAAAAGGACAAGGUCUA